UGGAACAGCCACCAAAGCUCUAAGGACACCUGUCGAAACGCGAGGCCACGAGCGAUACUUGUACCGUCCCACCCACUCCCACUAACUACCCCGCAAGAAACAACCUCAAACUUCCACGAAGAAGUGCCUUCAACUCGAUUUACUGCCUCCUGCCAGUCCCCGCUGCACCGGCUGCAGUUCUCCCAUUCCAAGUGCUAGUCUUUGUUUCCUUGUGUUGCGAUCCAUCUCCCACCACACAACAUGAAGCUACAAUGGAGCUUGCUGGCUGCUGUUGCAGCUGCUUUUGCGCUGGCGGAUGAUAGACCAUACGAAGUGGACUCCGAUUUCUCUAUAGGAUCGCGGCAUCCGAUAUCCGACGACCGGCGCAAUAUCCAGAACUUCGAGAUAUUUGGCACACCUCAACUCUUCGGCGACAGAGUGAUCCUCACACCUCCAGUCUCUGGAAACCAACGCGUGGGUGUAUGGGGCAAGAUGUCAAACGUCCACGACGAGUGGAUACUGACCACCGAUUUCCGAGUGUCCGGAGGCGAGCGCGCAGGCGGUACUCUUCACCUGUGGUACACAUCGCGGGGUUCCAAGAGUGGGUCCGGAACGGGUCAGGACACGAUAUACACCAGUCCGCCUUGGGAUGGAUUGGCUCUGGUCGUCGAUACGCACACAGGCGCCCCGCAAGUGAGGGGUUACCUGAACGAUGGGAGGACGGAUUACUCGAAGCAUCACAACCCCACAUCUCUUGCCUUUGGACACUGCGAUUUCGACUACCGGAAUAAGGGUUCGCUUUCUCAGAUCAAGGUCACUCAGAAUACCAACCUCUUCAAAGUCGAGGUGGACGGAAAAAUGUGCUUCCAGACCGACAAGAUCCGACUUCCCAAGGGUUACUUCUUCGGUCUCACUGCGGCGACGUCGCAGAUUCCCGACAGCUUCGAGCUUUUCAACUUCCUUGUCGGCGCUCCCCAUGGAGGAUACGAAGUGCCCAAGGAUCAGCACCAACAGCAAUACCAGCAACAGGGCAAGCCGCAGCAGCAACAGGGAAAGCCUCAGCAGCAACAACAGCAACAGCAGCAGCCGCAAUCCGGAAAAGGAUCCAAGAAGGCGCCCCAUGAACAAGUUUUCGAGGAAUGGCUUUCGGAGCCCGGAGAGGAGGAUCACGAAGCCAUGUAUUACAAAUCCGCCGAAGAACAGUUCACAAAUCUUCACAACCGCUUGCAGGGCCUGACUCACCACCUUGCCGCAAUCCAAACCCAGCUCGGAAUGAUCUACGACACAAUCGACACCCUUCAUCACAAGGAAGACCAGUGGCGAGAUGAAAGCCGGGGGUCCAAUGUUCCUCGCGAACAGAUCAACAAGCUGGAGGCACGGCUCGAGGUCAUCGAGAACAUCUCGAUGCAGAUUGCACAGGCGAUGACUUCGAAGGACUACACCCAGCACUUUGAGGAGCUCCGAAACACCCUUAAGGAGCAUCACAUGAACCUGCUCUACUCAGUGCCUGACAGUGUUACCCAGGUUCUGGCGACGGGAGGACCCAAGAUCGGCAUGAUGGUGACGAUUGUUGUGUUGGUCCAGGUAGGGUUGGCUGUGGCAUACGUAAUUUACAAGAAGAGACGAAACAGCUCGCCGAAGAAGUAUUUGUAGAGACGUACGUGAGUCUGAGUGUGUGCCGAUAGGUUUUUGAUGUCUGGAACGAAGGAAUGGGUAUGGGCAGAUUCAUGAGAUGGGACCUGGCUGGAUGGCUGCUUGGAUGAAAUGGGUGGUUUUCUUUCUUUCUUUUUCUUUGGAAUAACGUCAUUUCUUCCUCUCCUUCUUCCUCUUUUCAUUAUGGGCUGCUUACUCCUUGCUCGAAUUGCGGUGCUCUGAUGCUGUCUGCUUUCAACAUUGUCUUCGUUGUACAUUACGGGUAAAAAAAGUUGAGACGAGUGAAGGGAUUAUACGAGCAGUUGGCUCCUAGAUACUAUUUGCAC